AGAUUCGUUUGAAAGCAGAGUGUGUAUAACAAAAGCAGGGAAGUAUAAAUACGGCUAUAUGAACUUCCUCGCAGCAGGAGUCCGCUUAAGAAGCAAGCCAGCCGGUUAUUGUUCGGCGACUACCGGCAAUCUUCGAAAUCUCUGAUCGGGAAAUCCAUGGCGAAAGCUCACGUAUCGAUGGAUAUCGAAAGCGACGGGAUCGCCGUUAUUGCCUUCUCGAAUCCCCCCGUCAACGCGCUCUCUCACGCCGUUAUUGCGGGAUUGAAGGAAAAGUAUGCGGAGGCGAUGAGGAGGGAGGAAGUCAAGGCCAUCAUAUUGACUGGUGAGUCUGGGAAGUUUUCUGGUGGCUUUGAUAUAAGCGUCUUUGUUGAAGUUCAGAAAACAGGGGAUCUAUCACUUUUGCCUGAUGUAUCUAUUGACCUGGUUAUGAACACCAUUGAAGGUGCCCAAAAACCUUCAGUUGCAGCUAUUCAAGGGCUUGCUCUGGGAGGUGGUUUGGAGUUGGCUAUGGGAUGUCAUGCUCGAAUAUCUACUCCAGAUGCUCAACUAGGGUUGCCAGAGUUGUCUCUUGGAAUUAUUCCUGGUUUUGGAGGCACACAGCGUCUUCCCAGGCUGGUUGGGCUGCAGAAGGCCAUGCAAAUGUUGCUGCUGUCCAAGCCUAUAAAAGCCGAAGAAGGAUAUAAGAAUGGCCUCGUUGAUGAGAUCGCUCCUCCUGCACAAUUGCUUACAGUAGCAAGACGUUGGGCAUUAGAUAUUGCUCAAGGACAGAAAGCUUGGACAAAAUCGCUUCAUCGAACUGACAAACUUAGUGCGCUUUAUGAGACAAGUCAGAAACUGUAUGCUUCUCGGAAGGAUGCUGAAAGAACUGGUUCAAAUAUGCCGCAGAACCAAGCAUGCCUUGACGCCAUUGCAGAGGGCAUAGUUCAUGGGGGAUAUACCGGACUUCUGAAAGAGUCAAGACUUAUUAAGGAAUUGGUGUUAUCUACUACUUCCAAAAGUCUUGUCCAUGUAUUUUCUGCGCUGCGGGCAACUUCUAAGGUACCUAAGCUCACUGGUGUUGGACUCAUUCCUAGAUCCAUUAGAAAAGUUGCUAUUAUUGGUGGCGGUUUAAUGGGAUCUGGUAUAGCUACAGCUCUUAUUUUAAGUGAUAUCCAAGUUGUUCUCAAAGAAAGAGACCCCGCUUUUCGUGGACUAAAAUCUGUAGAAGCAAACCUUAAAGGACUCGUUAAGAAAGGACCACUAACACAGAAGAAAAUGAACAAGGCUCUGUCACUUCUCAAAGUUGUUCUGGAUUACUCAGAUUUUAACAAUGUCGAUAUGGUUAUAGAGGCUGUCAUUGAGAACACACCUCUAAAACAGACCAUUUUUAAUGAAGUUGAGAAGUUGUGUCCUCCACACUGCAUUCUGGCAACAACAACAUCUACUAUCGAUUUAAAUAUUGUUGGCAAGAACACAAAUUCUCCAGAUCGCAUAAUUGGAGCACAUUUCUUCAGCCCUGCUCAUGUGAUGCCUCUGCUGGAAAUUGUUUGGACAGAAAAGACAUCUCCACAAGUAAUUCUUGAUCUCAUGACCAUAGGAAAGAUAAUGAAAAAAGUGCCCAUUGUGGUAAAAAACUGUACCGGUUUCGCCAUAAAUCGCACCUUCUUUCCAUAUCACCAUGCAUCGGCAUUAUUGGUUCAACAAUGCGGAGUCGACCCUUACAGAAUCGAUAGAGCCAUCACAAAAUUUGGCAUGCCAAUGGGUCCUUUCCAACUAGCUGAUCUGGUUGGUUAUGGUGUGGCUUUGGCGGCUAAUGCAAUCUAUUCCGUAGCUUUCAAAGGACGAACUUUUGAAGAUAAUCUUCUGGAAAUAAUGAUUCGAGAUGGUCGAAAUGGAAAAGGAAAUGGGAGGGGCUUCUACCUAUACCGAAAGGGAAGCAAACCAAAGCCUGAUCCUUCUUUGCAAGCCCUCAUUGAUGAAUCCAGAAAGCAUUCAAAUUUAAAACCCAGUGGAAAGUCUAUAAGCAUCAGUGAUGAGGAGAUCGUGGAGAUGAUAUUUUUUCCAGCUGUAAAUGAGGCAUGCAGAGUAAUUGAUGAAGGAGUUGUUGUUCGACCAUCUGAUAUAGAUGUUGCAACAAUCCUAGGAAUGGGUUUUCCAAGAUAUAGGUCAGUUUAUUUUUUCUUGCUUCCUACUCUUACUCCCUUCUUCAGUAUUCAUUCUUUUACUUGAUGGGAACAUAACCUUUGCCAUCUGCUUGAAUGGCAUCACGCAAUGCCGCAUGACCUAUAAAUUACUAUUUUUUUUUCUAUGCCUAUAUAAUUAGUCUAUUAAUGAGGUGUUAACUUGAGGACAAUCAUAUAAAAGUUUUUUUUUUUUUACUUUGCUUUUAGGAUUUACGUGGUAAUUUGAAAGAAGUUUCAUGACACAUUGAUUCGCACAUGAUACUCGUGCGCAAUAAUAUCCUCCAGCAGGCCAUGCUACGCUUUAAAUGGAGCAUUUUAAAAAGUUCAAAUCUAAUUUUCCCACUUUCCACUUAUUAUAGGAUAUUAUUUCAAAUAUAAUGUAAAUAAAUUUUUUUUCGAUAAAUCAAUCUUCCUUGCUCAAAGAAAUAGUGGUUCUAGUUGUUUGUCAAGACUCAUUUUUCUCUAAAUUGCAUAAGAAAAUAUGCAUGAAGAACAAGACACUUAUAUUCUCUCAAAAAAUCAGCAUGGGAUGACACCUAUAACUUACAUACAAGGCACAUGCAUACUCACACUCAGACUCACAUCAUGAAUAUGCUCUUAACAGGUAUAUGGGUGGCACAUAUAUAUCUACAUGUAAUACACACAUGCCGACGCAUGUGCUACAUGCGUGUGCACGAGUGCUACGUGCACAUGUGCAUGCAUAUAUGAGAUGUAGUUACCUCUUCUCAUAAGGUUGAUCAAUCUCCUCCUAAUUUAUUUUUCUCCUACCAUCUUAUGUGGUCUUAAAACUCAAUUUCUCAUCCAUUUCAUAUGUAACAAAAAAAUUGGGGAUAACACAUUAUAGUAUUUCAAGGGUAAUAUUUUAUAGAUAGCUUU